AUGGCUACGGAGGAGCCGGGUCGGUCCAUGGGGUAUACUCCGACAUGGGUUGUGACCGUCGUCUGCUUUGUCAUUGUUCUUUUGUCAUUCAUGGCCGAACGAGGUCUUCAUCGACUAGGCAAGUUCUUCAAGCGUAAGAAGCAAGACUCCUUGUAUGAUGCCUUAGAGAAGGUCAAGGAAGAGUUGAUGCUAUUGGGGUUUAUUUCAUUACUAUUGACGGUAUUCCAAGGAUCAAUUAGCAAUAUAUGCAUCCCUGUUAGUGCUGCAAGUGUAAUGCUUCCAUGUAAGCUUCCAAACGAUCGAAGCCUUUCCUCUGGUGGUGGUUCUGGUCAUCUUAGCACGGUAGAUUAUAUCAACAGAAGGAGACUUUUGGCAACUGAAGACAAUAGCAUGGAAAAAUGUGCACGUAAGGGAAUGUUACCACUGUUAUCACUGGAGGCACUCCACCAACUGCACAUUUUCAUCUUUGUACUGGCUGUGGUUCAUGUCAUCUUCUGUGUUUCCACCAUGCUUCUGGGAGGACUGAAGAUUAGUCAGUGGAAGCAUUGGGAGAAUUCGAUUAGAAAUGAGAUCACCAAAGCACCAAAUGCCCAUCAUUCGAUUCAUAUACACCAUCGAAUAUUCACCGAGAGAGCUGGCAGAUAUUGGAGAAAGUUUAGAGUUGUAAGCUGGACGGUGGCAUUCUUCAAACAGUUUUAUGGUUCAGUCACCAAGUCUGACUACAUUGCCUUACGAACCGGAUUUAUUCGUGCCCACUGUCCAUCAAUGCCUGAUUUUAAUUUUCAUGAUUAUAUGCUGAGGACCCUCGAACAAGAUUUCAAGAAAAUAGUUGGUAUAAGCUGGUACUUGUGGAUCUUUGUCAUGAUCUUUUUGCUGCUGAAUUUAGCAGGAUGGCAUUCAUACUUUUGGCUAUCAUUUUUACCUUUAAUACUACUACUACUUGUGGGAGCAAAAUUGGAACACAUAAUUACAAAAUUAGCAAAAGAGUAUGUAGAAAGUAGUGAAAGAGGGGGAGGAGGAAGAGGAGGCGAUGCUAAUAAUACACAUGUGAAGCCCUCUGAUGAGCUAUUUUGGUUUCAUAGACCAGCUCUUGUUCUCUACCUGAUUCACUUCAUACUCUUCCAAAAUUCCUUUGAGAUGGCUUUUCUCUUCUGGGUUUGGAGCACUUAUGGAUUCAAGUCAUGCAUUAUGGAAGAUUUAGGUUUCAUCAUUCCAAGACUUGUUGUGGGAAUAAUAGUGCAGGUUCUUUGCAGUUACAGCACACUACCUUUGUAUGCUCUAGUCACACAGAUGGGUAGUAUGUUUAAACAAGGGAUGUUCGAUGCGUACACACAAGGGCUUAUUUUGGACUGGGCAAGAGGAGGAAGAAGAGGUGGAAGUUCCUCAAAUAUAAACGAGAGCAACAGAUUGUCCAAAGAACCUUUCGAAAAUCCAAUUUAUGUCACCCAUCAAUCCAACUUUCUUGAAGAUCAUCACCACCAGGAUGUGGAAACAUCAGUAAUCGAGCUGGCUCAUUAA